AUGGUCAAGACGCCAAACCAACCUCACCUACACUGUUGCGCCACUUGUAAAUCUGCCGUCUCUGACGAUCCUUUCGGCCAUCUCGUCCGCGACAUCCGCCAGUACUUGGGUCCCUCUUCUGGUAUCGACUCGGCUCAUGUCGACCCCGAUCAAAUCAAAGCCAUCAUGGCGAAGUACACUUCCGAUCCAAGGCACUGGGAGCGUUACGCUCGUGCAGACAAGAGCAGGGGUUAUACGAGGAACAUCGUCGAUAACGUUAACGGCAAAGCGAAUCUGAUCCUCAUUGUCUGGAACCCUGGCAAAGGAAGCUUGAUCCACGACCAUGCCGAUGCUCACUGUAUCAUGAAGAUCCUCAAGGGCAACCUGACAGAGACCAUUUAUCACAAGCCAGAAAGCGGCGACAACUCUGUCCAUCCUCUGGAAGUCAAGAAAGAGACUGUAUACCACCCUGACGAGGUCACCUACAUCUCCGACCAGAUUGGCCUUCAUCGCGUCUUCAACCCCGACCCUGUUGAACCUGCCAUGUCGCUACAUUUGUAUACACCCCCGAACGCUGCCGAGUUCGGCUUCCAUGUCUAUGAUGAGCGAACAAGCAAGAGUUCCUUUGUGCCCCCUCAGUACUGA